AUGACCUCGACCACGUGGUACGCCUUGCGCUCCAAAGCGGUUCACACCCGCUUUGGCCUUUCCAAGAACAUCCAGAUCCUGCUCAACAGCUUGGACUCGUACAAGACGGGUGCCAUCGACGCUGCAGAGCUUGGUCGCAUGGUCCGCCUGAGCCCUCAGCGCCGUGCUGCAGUCGCCAACACCAUCUCCAAAUGCGCUGCCAUCAUCAAGAAGCAGCCCUCCGAGGUCAAGACGUGCGUUGAAAUCAUCGAGAUGUGUACCGAAAUUCUCGAAAUAGCUGACAGGCGCCCUCCGGAAGGGGUCUUCCCUUUCAGAAAGCUGCCCGUGGAAAUCCGGGAUAAGAUCCUCGAUCUCAUCAUCAGUAACGUUUUUCGUACCACUGCCAUCAUUCCUGCCCAAAAGCCGGCCUGUGAAUGCCCCAUGUUCGACCGGCACUCGCUCCUGUUCCAAACAAAACAGAUGAAGGCCUUGCCGACCUUGCUGGGCGCGUCGCUGAAUCAGGAGUUCUGCCGCAUCUUCUUUCGCAAGCACACGUUCCGCUUCAGAUGCUCUUGCGAACUCCUCACCCACCUCGAGCGAAACAACAUGUUUCGCAUCAACGUCCGCCACAUUAUCGUUCACUGGUGCGGGGAUGAAUCCGCCAAGGCGUUCAAGAAGCUGGCCAACUGCCCACGCCUGGAGACCCUGAACGUGAGCAUCUCAAAGUCGACCUACUCAUUCCUUAGCUCGCGUGCGCAGCUCAUGAGAGGCUUCUUCCCCACGUCAUUUCGCAUUAUUCGGGCCUCGGACUUUUUAGGGCUGGACGAAUUGCUGGAGCUUCGAGGCCUUAAGGAUGUCCAGGUGUCGCACGCUCCCAAUAGGACGAACGCGCCAAUGAGCAUCGAGAUGGACCGCUCUGGCCUCUCGCGCCUCCUCUCUGGCAGCCUCAUGCUGCCUCGGGAUGACAACAAGUACAUUCUAUGA